AUGUUGGCCAAAGAUGCAUCGACAAGCAAGAGAUUGAUUCAAUGUAUUUGUGCAAUCACGUGGGUCCUUCUUUCAGGUGGACCAAUCUUUGGCUUUGCUGCGUUGAAACCCGUGCUUAUUCAAUCAGGAAUCUACGAAUCCCUUUGUGAUGUUGAAAAUGCUUCGUCAGACCUCGUUGGGUCUGCCCAAGUCGGGUUAGCAAAGUGUACCAAGCAGGACUUGAAACUUAAUAUGCUAUUCACAGUUGCUGCUGUGCUCACCAACGUUUCAGCACUCCCAGUUGGCCGUGUGUUGGAUGUAUAUGGCCCUAAAGUUGGUGGACUUGUUGGUGCAUUUUUUUUGUACUGUGCAUGUUUGACAUUUAUCUAUGCAGAUUCUUUAAUUGCAACUUUGGGCAGUUGGGUAGACCCAUAUUUGUUUGGUUAUUGUUUCUUGGCCUUGGGUGGCCCAUUUGCUUUUAUUUCAAGCUUCCAGUUAUCCAAUGCGUUCCCUGCCAAGAGUGGCACUAUAUUGGCCUUAUUGACGGGGGCAUUUGAUGCUUCUAGUGCAGUGUUUUUGUUUUAUCGAUGGGGGUUUGAUUAUUUUAGUGGAGAUUUUAGUUUGCAAAAGUUUUUCAGCGUUUACUUGUUGGUUCCUGUAUUUAUCACUGUUGCCCAAUUGACACUCAUGCCAAGUGAAUCGUACUUUACUGAUCCUUCGGUGAAGUUUUGCCAUGAUGAUGAUGAUAAUAAUGAUAAUGACGGCAAUGGUGGAGUUGAAGAGGAAGAAGAAGAAGAAGUAGUAGCUCGAGGCCAUUACUCUCAACCAAGAGAAGAUUCGAUCCAAACCAAUGCUACAGAGUCGUCACCGUUGUUACUGUCUAAUGGAAAUGCAUUUACUGAAGCCUACUACGAUCAACAAGUUGGUGCACAGCCAAAGGUGUUUCUACAACGAAGAGAUUCUAUUGGUGAUGCAUUGAAACAGCCCUAUGUCAAUGAAGGUGAAGAGUACCUUGAAGAGCAUACUGGUGGUGUAUUUGGUAUCUUGCAUGGUUAUUCUGCACAAUAUCAAAUCAGGACAUAUUGGUUUAUACUUAUUUGCAUGUUUAGUACUGUGCAGAUGUUGAGACUUAAUUAUUUUGUUACUACAAUUGGAAGUCAAUAUGAGUAUAUUUUUCAAAGUUAUGAUAAGGCGGAGUCAUUGAAUCGGUAUUUUGACUUGGCAUUACCCUUGGCGGGAAUUAUUGCCACUCCAUUUAUUGGGCUUUUGUUGGAUCACAGUACAACUGAGUUGGUAGUGUUUAUUUUGUUUGUUAUAUCCUUGGUUAUUGGCGUUUUGGGUCUUUUUUCAAACUAUGCAUUGGCAGUUGUUGGGGUCACUUUGUUUGUUGGAUAUAGACCCUUUUUUUAUACUGUGAUUUCCGAUGUUUGUGCCAAAGUGUUUGGAUUUGAAACUUUUGGAACUGUUUAUGGGCUUCUCAUGUGUAUUUGUGGGGCAAUGAAUAGUGGCCAAGGUGUUUUGGAUGGUAUGACGCAUAAUGUGUUCAACAUGAAUCCGUAUCCUGUCAAUAUCUUUUUGCUUUGCACAACAAUUGUGAUUGGAAGUAUCACCGUGUGGUUUGUAAAGCUGGAAGCAGAAAAGUAUAGAAGAAAAAAGAGCCAGAGCAAUGGAAGUUUGCAUACUGGUUCUGGAUAG